AGGCGUGACUUCUCUCGUGUAGUCCCCAUCUGUGAGUAUAUAACACCAGCAAUGCAUCGGUUUCUCCCGGAGGCUCACUCUAAGAGUUGGGAAAGAAAUUCUUUCUUUUUCUUCCUCUCCUUUUUUACCCUCUACCAGUUUUCCACACACAGCUUUCUACACAUUUACCUGUGGGCCUGCAAGCAAUAUAACCGCCCUUCCGACGGGUACCUACAUCUACUGAUUGUUCUUUCCAUCCAGCCCUCCCGUACCCUUAUCAUCACCACAGAUGCAGCCUGCAACAAUGAUUCCCUCUCCGCUUGUGAGACAUAAGACCAUCUCUGCACAAACCUUCAGCCACCAGCCACUAGCCCAUCAUCAUGAUCCAGGGGCGGCGCAAAUCAUAACAAUACCAUGCAAGAGAAUCGGGCCAAGUUCGCUUCAAAGUCAUCUCGAACAAUGGUAUGGUCCAGGGAAUUACUCUGUUGAGUCCGAAGGCCGGGAUGAACACGGUCUCAAAUCGCCGGAUACAAGCGUCCAGCCCCUUCUAGUUGUCGAGCGCAAGGACGUUCUGGGGGUGUGA